UAGUAUCAUUCCCGUUUUCGCCUGCAAUUUUCUCAAAAUUCUAAUCGCUCUCUUCAUCUUCUUUCUGUUCUUCGGUUCCUCUCUUAAAUUUCUCUCUGCUACUGCUAUUAGCUUCCUCUCUCUCUGUUAUAUCGUCUAAUUUCUGUGGAUUGAGGAGGAUUUUGCACGAAUUUGCCCUGCUCCUGCAAUUUUACGAUUUUUGUGGCUGAAUUAGGGGGUCGCGAUGUCUUUGGAUUUGAUGCUGAAGCCAUCGUGCAGUGGAUGCGGAUCCACGACGGAGCUGUAUGGGAGCAAUUGUAAGCACAUGACAUUGUGCUUGUCCUGUGGCAAAACUAUGGCUGAGAACAAGGGAAAAUGUUAUGACUGUGGCGCUACCCUAACUCGCUUAAUAAGAGAAUACAAUGUUCGAUCAAGUGCAAGUAGCGACAAGAACUACUGCAUUGGUAGGUUCAUGAGUGGGCUGCCGAACUUUUCGAAGAAGAAAAAUGCUGAGAAUAAAUGGUCUCUUUACAAGGAAGGUCUACAAGGACGCCACCUUACGGAUGCCCUUCGGGAAAAGUACAAGAAUAGACCCUGGGUCUUGGAAGAUGAAACGGGUCAAUUUCAAUUCCAAGGUCAUCUUGAGGGCUCACAAUCAGCAACAUAUUACUUGCUUGUAUUGCAAGGAAAGGAAUUUACUGCCAUUCCUGCUGGUUCUUGGUACAACUUCAACAAAGUGGCACAGUAUAAGCAACUUACUUUGGAGGAGGCAGAAGAAAAAAUGAAGAAUCGAAAGAAGACGGCAGAUGGAUAUGAAAGGUGGAUGAUGAAAGCUGCAAAUAAUGGUGCUGCUGCAUUUGGUGAAGUUGAGAAGUUUGAUGACAAAGAAGGUGUUCGCACUGGUGGUAGGGGACGGAGAAAAGCUACUGGUGAUGAGAAUGAAGGUAAUGCCUCAGAUAGGGGAGAGGAAGAUGAAGAAGAAGAGGCAACAAGGAAGAACAGAUUGGGACUCAAUAAAAAGGGUGGCGGUGAUGAUGAUGAUGAUGAAGGUCCUAGGGGAGGUGACCAUGACAUGGAUGAUGAUGAUAUUGAGAAAGGAGAUGAUUGGGAGCAUGAAGAGAUUUUUACUGAUGACGAUGAAACUACUGCUCCGGAUCGUGAAGAAAGGGAGGAUUUAGCCCCUGAAGUUCCUGCACCUCCAGAAAUCAAGCAGGAUGACGAAGACGAGGAGGAUGAAGAAAAUGAAGGGGAGGGGGGGCUGAGCAAAUCUGGGAAAGAGUUGAAGAAAUUGCUUAGGCGCACUGGAGGGCUUAAUGAUUCAGAUGGAGAGGAGGACGACGACGACGACGAUGAGGAGGAUACUGGUGACACUCCAGUUUUGCCUUCGAAGCAGAAGGAUACAGUUAAGGAAGAAGCUGCGUCCAGCAGUCCCUCAAAACCAACACCUUCUGGAUCUGCUAAGGGAACCCCCUCCACUGCAAAGACAGCAAAAGGAAAAAGAAAAAACGGCGAGGAUGUGAAACCAUCCAGUGCACCUCUGAAGAAAAUGAAAACAGAGACGGAAUCAAAGCCUACAGAUGAAGCCUUGACUACUUCUAGAAGUACAGCCUCAAAAGGUGCACCAGUAUCCGUCAAAACUGAAUCAGCAUCGAAUUCUGGACCCGUUACUGAGGAAGAAAUUAGAGUUGUCUUGCGCCAAAGGACACCCGUAACGACGCAGGAUCUUGUUGCGAAAUUCAAGGCAAGACUGCGAUGUAAAGAGGACAAGAAUGCUUUUGCAGAGAUUCUUAGGAGAAUCUCAAGGAUUCAAAAGACGAACGGAGGACCAAGUUACGUCGUGUUGAGAAAACCCGAAGACUAGAAGAAUUAAGUGUAUGUUUCAUCUUUAUGAUGUUACUGGUUUUCAUCGAGUACAAUGUUUAUGUGGUGAAACUGUGUGCUGCAAAAGCUCGAGGAGCCUCCUCUUCUUUCACUCACAUGGUGUGGUGCUUUUAUCUAGGCAAAGGGCAAAGGGCAAAGGGCAAAGGGCAAAGGCAAAGGAUAAAUUUGUGAGUUUGAAAGAGAGGUUGGAAUACGCUGAGAAAGAAACGAAAAGAAAUGUUGAGACCCUUUGUCAUAUUGGUUGUCAUAUUGAUUUUGGCGUUUUUGUUUGAAGACGUUUCUAAAAUAAUGGAAUGAGUAAACUAAGUAUUUAAGAUUUGAUCCUUA